AUGGCUGAAACUGAGCAAGCCCAACAACAAGAGGGAUCCAGCACCGCACCAAAAUUUUCCGAUAUUUCCUUCAGCAUAUGGCCACCGACGGAGCGCACUCGCGACGCCGUGAGAAACCGCCUGAUCGAGACCCUUUCAUCCCCUUCAAUUUUGUCCAAGCGUUACGGCACUGUUCCCCGUGAAGAGGCGGUGGAUGCCGCGACCCGGAUCGAGAAGGAAGCAAUUUUGGCCGCCGGGGCUGCUGCGACUACUGACGAUGAUGGAAUCGAAAUUCUUCAAGUUUAUUCUAAAGAAAUCAGCAAGGGGAUGCUGGAUACUGUGAAAGCCAGAUAUGUUGAACCGGAGCCGGAGAGCAAUCCGGGUAAGGAGCCGGACGUGGAGAGCAAGACGGAGGAGCAGAAGGAAGAUGAGGAUGUGGGAUCCACUGCUCCUCCUCAGAGUGAGAAAACCGAGUCUGUUGUUGAUGAUGAGUGA